GCGCAGCGCCCCGCCCACUGGGUGGCAGUGACCAAAAGUGUGAGGGGCUCUCUCACACGGCUGCUGCGUCACUCCGGGGCCGGGGAGUUCGGGUCUGGGUUGUAACUGAGUUGUCUCCUUUGCCGGAGGAUGGGCUGGAGGCUACGGCCCUUAUCGGAGGGGGGCGCCUGGUCACCCACGCAGCGUCCUCUCCAGUCCGCAGUGGUUGACAACAGCGCUCCUGGAAUUGCAUUUCAGCCGACCUUGAGCGCAGAGAAGCCUGGCCUGUGUUCCUGCCUGCAGUUACAUUUGCCCAGGAGCACUAUGGCCCAUGUUGUCUUGAUUCCUGGCUUCUGUCGCCGCACUGUGGGAGCCAUCUGCACUCAGGCUGCUUCGUGGAGAUCGACAGCCAGCACUUUGCGUCACCUUACUCUAACCAGCAUAAUGAAAUCCAAAAGGAAAACUGAUCACUUGGAGAGAACUGCAAGUGUCCUCCGACGGGAGGUCGUGGCUGCGGCUAAGGUGUGUGAAAUUGCCCACGAGUCUCCGUCAGUGAAGAGCCUUCGCUUGCUUGUCCCCGAUAAAGACUUCUCCUUUAAGGCUGGCCAGUGGGUUGAUUUCUUUAUCCCAGGAGUCUCAGUCGUUGGUGGGUUUUCAAUUUGCUCCAGUCCCCAACUGCUAGAACAAGAGAGAAUAAUAGAAUUGGCAGUGAAAUACACAAACCACCCUCCUGCUGUCUGGGUUCACAAUAAGUGCACACUUGACUCCGAAGUGGCGCUCAGAGUGGGUGGAGAGUUCUUCUUUGACCCUCAGCCCACAGAUGCCCCUCGAAACCUCGUGUUGAUUGCUGGAGGGGUUGGGAUUAACCCCCUGCUUUCCAUCCUGCGCCACUCAGCAGAUCUCCACCGAGACCAAGCAGACAAAGGAAGUAGCUAUGAGAUAGGAACAAUAAAACUGUUCUACAGUGCAAAGAACACCAGUGAACUCCUGUUUAAGAAAAAUAUCCUCGAUUUAGUAAAUGAAUUUCCUGAGAAGAUUACUUGCAGUUUGCAUGUUACAAAACAGAUGACACAAAUCAGUGCAGAACUUAAGCCAUACGUCACAGAAGGAAGAAUAACGGAGAAGGAGAUAAGAGACCACAUUUCAGCAGAGACUCUUUUCUACAUCUGCGGCCCGCCUGCAAUGACUGACUUUUUCUCUAAGCAACUGGAAACCAGCCAUGUUCCCAAGGAACACAUUUGCUUUGAGAAGUGGUGGUAGGGAGCCGGCACAGAAGACCCGAGAGCUAUUAGAGAGUGAGACUCUGUUUAGGGUCUGUGGAUUUGCCUCCAUCUGAACUGUCCUUUUUUAAAGCUGUGGAACUAAGUGUCCAACCCAAGACUGAAAGAAAAACCAGCAGCAGAUUUACACGAUAAACUUGCUGUGGACUUCAUUGGUCAAGCUAUUUUUGACUAUACUGUUUUUUUUUUUUUAAUACUAUGUAAUUAUCUCAUGAUAGUUCAUUGUUACAAAGUUUCUGACCCCUGGGAGAAUACCAUAGACUCAAUCCAAAAAUAAUGAAAAUACUUAUUAACUGCUAGCAGGACAACAAUCUGUGAACCAAAUUUGAGAUUGCCAUGAAGGAGGGGUUUAAGGAAAGGUUUUUUAAAGAAGAAAACCACAGGAUACCUUCAAUAUCUACACAAGCAAGUAAAAACUGGUCUGUUCUGUCAAGUGGUUAAAGCAACUCAAAACAGUCUUUGGGUAUCUGUGUGAGCAAGUUACAGAAGCUAAAAAAAAAAAAAGCAGGCAGUCAUAUCAACAUCUGGUUGGGGGUCACUGAGUCAGUGCUGUUUUCUGGGAACCCAUCUUUCUGGAAUUUUGAGUCUAGAGCAAGCAGUCAUUAGGUACUAAGAUGGAGGCCUAACACAAAAUGGUUUCUCUGGCUGGCCUUUACACCAUGAACUGAUUAGUACAGAUUUUUCUUUGCCAUUGGGGGGAAAGUGGUCUACUUACAUUAAUUAAAGGAAAAUGUGGGUUUUGUGUGAACUGUA